AUGCUUUGGAACAAGGUAAUUACAAGAUAUGCUUUCUUCUUAAAAAAAAAAAUUGAACCAGGUGCUAAUAUUCAUAAGGUCAAAUUUGCCUUGGUGGUUGCCGCUGUUGUGACACCAGGCUUGGCUAGGACCGUGAAAGUUUUCGCUGAAAUUAUCGACAAUGAAGUCAGCCAAUCUACCACUUCUACCGAAGAUCAGAAUACAUUCAAAGAUAUAGAACAGUUAUUGGAUAAUCAAAACGCCCUAACUCAUGCUGUGGAGCCAGCAACCCUCCAGUGCGCUGCUCAAUCGACGAUGAAUCACUGCCUGAGUGCUGGCUGCUACUGUACAUCCGAUGGCAGCCGGUAUACCUUUAACUGCAGGACGAGUGAUGCCCACAAAACCGCUUGCAAGACAGCGUACGAUGUCGGCCAGUGUUGGUGCAGGAAUCAUUAA